AUGCAGAAUGGAACAGAGAAGGAACAAGAAAUGAAUAUUAAAAGAAUAAAGAAAGGGCAAGAAUCGAACUCACCUGAAAAUAUUAAAGAUAAAGGGGAAUAUUGGGGAUCGAACCUGGAAAGAGAUAUUGGGAUUAUUAAAGAGAAAGAGGAUGACAGUGCAAGCACAGAAUAUAAUGAUACUGAAAAUAUAAAUAUUAUAAAUAUAAAAAAUAACAGAAGUUUUUGGGAGUCGAACUUGUCUUCUAAUAAUACUGGGUCACAGGAUAUUAAAGAAAUAAAUGAAAUAAGUGAUAUUUGGGAGGAGGACUUACCUGGUACGAAUAUAAAUAUUAAAGAAAGUGUAUUAAAAUGGGGAUCGAACUCUGACUCUGAAAUUAAAUCAGAAGAGUGUGCAUUAGAGAGUAGUUGUUCUACUACAGAUAUAAACAGGAGUAUUAAUAAGUAUAAUGAAUCAGAUACAGUACAGAGUAAUAAUAGUGUACAGUGUAAUUCUAGAGUAAUUAAUAUGCCUACUACAGAAAUUAGUCCGGAUACAUCUGGUUCUUAUAUGCAGGAUGGAACACCUUAUAAUACGCCUAAGACACCCGGGAAGAAGAAUCCAUUUAAGUACAUUCCUAAUGUAGAAACCCCGUUUAACUUGAAAAUAAAAAAGUACCGGAAUAAGAAUAUUUCUAUGUACGGUAAUAGUACUACACGCAGUAAUACCACAAAAGAUAGUAAUACUUUGUGUAGUAAUAUGCUGGAAAAGGAGGAUUUAGAAGAGAAAGACUGGUUUAGAAGGAAGAGAGGGGGCAGAAAAGGGAAACCCUUAUCAAAAGCAGCACAGAAUUUAAUUGAUUCAGGUGAUAUUUGUUGUGAGAAUUAUUUUCUAACACAUUUUCAGGUUAUUUCUACAUUAUAUUCAGGGGAUUACUCUGAAGUAUUUCUAGUGAAGGAAAUCCCGUGUGAGAACUGUAAAAAUAUUGAAAAACUACCCAGCCAAGAAAUAUUGCCAGAAGAAGAAAUGACACUAGACAGUAUAAGAAUGUCAAAUGAGGAAAUAAGCGGAAUAUACGAAAAAAAGGAGAUUGCAUUACCCAACAGAGAAGAAUCAUUUUCUAUUAACAAGGAGUCUUCUAUAAACAACAGAAAUGAUCAAGUUGGGCAGGAGGACUGUGGUAGAGAAGAAGUAGUGCGGACAGAGCAGGAAAAACAAGAGAACCAAGAAAAAUCGGAAUUAGUGGCAAAAUACCAUAGUGAAGAUAUUUUGAAAGGGCUUAGUCUGACACCUUCUCCGAAUGAGAAGGUUGAGCACGUGCUGGGACAGCCUACUCUGUUUAGUUUUCCUAGUAAAGAGAUUGCUAGACCAGUAAAUGUUCCAACUUGGUCGAAUUUGCUUAAUAGAGAAAUUAUAAAUGCUGGGUGGCUCUCUGCCUUUUCUACUGAAUGCAGUACUAACAGCUCGCUUGGCCAUGCGUCAAGUCUUUUAAAUAAGGAAAUCUUCUUGCAUAAUAAUAGCAACAAUACGCUUGCUUGGCCUACUCUGUCUAGUUUUCCUAAUAAGGAUGUUUUACAGCCGGCGGACACACCCACCUGGUCUAGCUUACUUAACCGAGAAAUUCUGAAUCUUCCCAUUCUAACUGCUUUUCCUAAUAAGGAAAGUUUAAUGCUUCCAAACCAGGCAUUUAUUACUCUUACUCUAUUACCUCCUUCUCACAUAUCUAUACCCACACCAGUUACUAUAACACUGCCAAACCCGGUGAUAUUUCCUAAUAUAGCAAAUAUACCAUGUUAUAGUAUAAAAAUAUCCAAAUUGGGGAACACAAAAAAGGAAAGACUGUUCAGACUAAAAGAACUAAAAAUCCUUCUUCGCUUGAAAAACAACAAGCACAUUGUGGAACUUUCUCACAGCUGGGAAGAGAACUCUCUUCUUUUCUUAAAGAUACAUUACUAUAAAUGGACAUUAAAAUGUAUUAUACAACAGAAAAAAAACCUACCAAAUAUAGUAAAGUAUCUGAUUUUACUUCAGAUACUCUCCGGCCUAAAGGCAAUUCACACCAGUAAUAUUAUUCAUUUAGACAUAAAGCCAGAGAAUAUCUUCAUUUCAGAUACUAACACAGAAUUAGUCAUAAAAAUAGGAGAUUUCAGUAUUUCCAGAUACAUUUAUGAUAAAACAGAAAUAGAAUCAGAUGGAGACAGACUUUACAUGGCACCAGAACUAUUAAAUAAUACAUGUACAUAUAAUAGUGAUAUAUAUAGCACAGGAAUACUCUUUUUGGAAAUACUUUUAGAAAUAUUCCCUAUUAAGGAAAAGAACAAAGAUAGAACCUUAACAGAAAAUGAAAUAAUUAAUACAGACAAGUUAUCAGAGAAUAAUAAGGAAAAUUCAACAGAAAUCAAAAAUACCAACAAAAUUUUUAAUGAUGAAAACUCUUCCUCUAAUCUGCACAAUCUGCAUAGUACGCAUGUGGCUGGUAUAAAUACAAAUAUUAAAGAGAACACUGAAAGUAUAGAAUCGAACUUGCCGCAUAUUAACACAGAAAUAUAUAAUAUAAUACAAGAAAUGAUACGGUAUAAGCCAGAAGACAGACCAAGUAUUAAUAAAAUCAUAAAAGUAAUAGAAAAACAGCUAGAAAAAGAAAAUCCAAAUUAAC